UGGGUUAUUUCCCGAACCGAACAAUCCUUGGCCAAACCUACACACGAGUUUAUGAUUGCAAAAGUAAAGUGCAUUAUGUGAGCUACUCGUACAAAAAAGUAGUUCAAAAGAGUAAACGGUGUCGUUCGUCUUUCAUGUCGGAAUUAAACGGCGCGAUUUCCUUGCUAUCAUAACUUUCUGGAGCAUUUUAUUUUCCCGGAAAAUUCACGUCUGAAACGAAGCGCUCGAUAAUGGACCUGGCAGACCCAGUAGCCAAAGAAGGAGGAGAAGCAGAUGCUGAGCCUAAAACGGAACGUUUAGCGGAAGAGAAAGGGACGAAUAGGAAGGAGAAGAGGAAGGCAAUGAAGAAGAUUAAAAGGAAGCAGACGAGGAAGGAGAUGGCGCUGAAAGAGCGAGAGGAAGAAGAGGCGAUACUCAAUGACCCUCAAGAGCUUAUGAAAAUUAAGCUGAUGGAGCAAGAGGAGGCCGAGAGGUCAGAGAGAGAGAGGAAGCUGUUUGAGGAGCGAGAGAGAGCGUGGAUCGAAGCCAUGGAGAUUAAGAGGAAGAAACAAAUUGAAGAAGAAGAAGAAGAAGAAGAGGAACGGAGAAUGAAGGCUCUAGAAGAAGAAGAAUUGUCUCGGAAACAACAGGUUGAAAAUGAAAAUGACGGUAAUGAGGUUGAUGAUUGGGACUAUAUAGAAGAAGGGCCUGCUGAAAUCAUCUGGCAAGGAAAUGAGAUAAUUGUCAAGAAGAAAAGGAUCAAGGUUCCAAAGAGGAACACAGACCAGCAAAGUAGAAAGGGGGAUUGUGAUAGGCCCACGUCAAAUCCUCUCCCUCCGCAAUCCGAAGCAUUUUCUGAUUAUAAAAAUUCAUCAAUGUCAGCACAGCAGCUGAUUGAGAAUGUUGCUCAACAAGUACCCCAUUUUGGAACUGAACAGGAUAAAGCUCAUUGUCCUUUUCAUUUGAAAACUGGGGCUUGUCGGUUUGGUCAGCGUUGUAGCAGAGUCCAUUUCUACCCUGAUAAAUCAUCCACACUGCUUAUCAAGAACAUGUACAAUGGUCCAGGACUUGCUUGGGAACAGGAUGAGGUGCUGGAGCAUACUGAUGAGGAGGUAGAGCGCUGUUAUGAAGAAUUUUAUGAGGAUGUGCAUACAGAGUUCUUGAAGUUUGGUGAAAUUAUAAAUUUCAAGGUGUGUAGAAAUGGUGCAUUCCACUUGAGGGGAAACGUGUACAUACACUACAAAUCACUGGAUUCAGCUGUGCUUGCACAUCAAUCUAUCAAUGGUCGCUACUUUGCUGGGAAACAGAUAAGUUGCGAAUUUAUCAAUGUGACCCGAUGGAAGGUUGCCAUAUGUGGGGAAUAUAUGAAGUCGAGGUACAAGACAUGUUCCCAUGGUACAGCUUGCAAUUUUAUCCACUGUUUCCGCAAUCCUGGUGGAGACUAUGAAUGGGCUGAUAGUGAUAGACCGGCCCCAAAAUAUUGGGUGAGGAAAAUGGUCGCUUUAUUUGGUUAUUCUGAUGCAGACGAGAAACAGAUGGUAGAGGAAAAUUUUGGACAGCUGAGGAACUCUAGCAAGAUGACAAUGGCAGAUUCUGAGAGGUACGGGUUGCGAAGAUCUAGAUCUAGAGGGAGGGAUUACUCGAGUUUCAUUGGUUCUGGUAGAAGAUAUGACAGUGAAGAUUAUGUUUUAAAGGGUGCAGAACGACAGAGGCAUACAGGUGAUGAUAGACAUCAAGGAAAAACUCUUGAUGAGGAUCGAUGUGAAGAGAAUGAGAACUUAAAAGACUAUCAUCGUAGGAAGAGCAGAAGGUGUGAUACUGAAUUUGAUAGACAGUUGUUGGAUAGGGAAGAGGACAGAGAUAGACACCAUGAUCACACAAGGAAAAGCUCAAGACAACGAAACAGGGGCCACAAGAACAAAACCUAUGAAACUGAAUCUGACGGAGAUUUGUCUGAUAGGGCACGGAACAGAGUAACACAGCAUGGUUGCACCGGGGAAAGCUCAAGCCAACAGCGGAAAGGAGAGUUCCUGGAUGAAUAUGGAGAUUGGCAGAACCAUAAUCAUGAAGUUGAUAGGGUUUGGUCAGAUAGGGACAAAGACAGAGAUGCAUACCAUGACAACAGGAAAAGUUCAGGACACAAGAGGAAAGUGGGAUGUCCAGAUAAUCAUAACGACAGAAAGAACAGAACUCAUGAUAUGGAUGAAGAGUGGUCAGACAGCAACAGCAAAGGUGGCAAGCACCACAGUAGGAGGAAAAGAUUCGGACACAUUAGCAAAGCUUCUGAAUUCUCAAAUCACGGGGAUAGAACCACCAGGUCUUGUAGUUAUGAACUUAGUCAUGAUUUGUCGGAAAAUGAUGCAGAAAGAAACCCUAGUCAUGCUAGGAAACGAUCAAAGCGCUUGGAUGAAGUGUCAGAUAUUUCAGAUGAGGAUCGAGUCCCGGCACAGAAUUUGGAACAUAGACAUGAUCGUCUGAGCCUAGAGAUGAGAGAAGCAGAGGCUCUUGUUAAAAAAUUGAAGUCAGAUGGAACCCACGAGUCCAGCAGUUUGGGUCAAGAUGGUGAGAGAUAUAGAUCACAUGAUUUUGAUAUAAGAUGCAUAUCUGAUGUACGCAUGGACAAACAGGAUCGCUGGGAACCCGAAGAUGGUUCUGUUGAGAUAUUUCAUAAUUCUAAAACGAAAGCUGGAAGUUCAGAGAGUUAUGAGUCUGGCAGGCCAGGUCCAUAUAAUGAAAGAGGUGAAUCAAGUGAUUUUGAUUCAGAAGAUAAAGUUGGCCAGGAAGAUCAAUAUGAAUCUGACAAGGUAGCUCAUUCAAAACACCGAAAAUCAAGGAGAAAGUCUACACUCGACGAUCGCAAGCGUGACAGUGAAAACAGAUCACUGUGUAGCAGCCAAUCAAGCCAUAGGAGACAUUCCAAUAGGUUGGAGGCCACAGAUUCAUCUGAAGAUAACAACGAAUCUGGAAGGAAGCACAACCAGAAGCACCAUGCAGAUCAUAGAUCUCGUGAUCACAAACGAGAUCAUAAAAGCAGGAAGUUAGCCACGUGAUAUUCAUCUCUAAGAAUGUUUAGAAGAAGGUUAUGUCCGCAAAGAAUGUGACUUGUUUAAUUUAGCUGAUUUAGGGAUGUGAAUGAAGGUUUUAUUAGCAACAGGACAUGAUACAGAGCAGAGUGUCGGGUGCUGUGCUUGUGUUUUUGUAUUAUUGAGAGCUAACAGUUUUGAAUUACGUGAAAUCCAUUACGCAGCCAUCUAUAAUA